AUGGCUUCCCUACAGCGAACCGCCGCGCCCCUGCGAAGAGCCCUCACCUACAGAACGUCAGCCGCGACGACAACCACACGGGGUCUCGCCACCAUCCCCUCGUCCGACGCCGCCAAGGACAAGCCCAAACGCAAGACCUACUUCAAAGACACCACUGUCGCCUCGCUCGACGACUUCAUCGGCGGCGCGGGCAAGGGCGGCGAGGCGCUCGCCCAGUCGGCGGCCUACGAGCUGCGCACCGCGCAGGUCGGCCCCGCGGGCAAGAAGCGCACCAUCACGCGGCUCCCCGAGUGGCUCAAGACGCCCAUCCCGGCGGGCAACGACAACUUCAAGAAGAUCAAGGCGGACCUGCGCGGGCUCAACCUGCACACCGUCUGCGAGGAGGCGCGCUGCCCCAACAUCUCCGAGUGCUGGGGCGGCUCCGACAAGUCGGCGGCGACGGCCACCAUCAUGCUCAUGGGCGACACGUGCACGCGCGGGUGCCGCUUCUGCAGCGUCAAGACGAACCGCGCGCCGCCGCCGCUCGACCCGCACGAGCCCGAGCACACGGCCGAGGCGCUCGCCCGCUGGGGCCUGGGCUACGUCGUGCUCACCAGCGUCGACCGCGACGACCUCGCCGACGGCGGCGCCCGCCACUUUGCCGAGACGAUCCGCAAGAUCAAGCACAAGAAGCCCUCGCUGCUCGUCGAGGCCCUGACGGGCGACUUCCGCGGCGACCUCGACAUGGUCGCCGUCGUCGCCCGCAGCGGCCUCGACGUCUACGCCCACAACGUCGAGACCGUCGAGGCCCUCACCCCGUACGUCCGCGACCGCCGCGCCACCUUUCGCCAGAGCCUCAGCGUCCUCGCCCACGUCAAGGACGUCUGCGGCCCCCACGGCAUCAUCACCAAGACGAGCAUCAUGCUCGGCCUCGGCGAGCAGGAGCACGAGCUCGUCGCCGCCCUCACCGAGCUCCGCAAGGCCCGCGUCGACGUCGUCACCUUUGGCCAGUACAUGCGACCCACGAAGCGCCACCUCAAGGUCGAAAAGUACAUCACCCCCGACGAGUUUGAGAUGUGGCGCCAGCGCGCCCUCGACAUGGGCUUCCUCUACGUCGCCAGCGGCCCGCUCGUCCGCUCCUCGUACAAGGCCGGCGAGGCCUUUAUCGAAAACGUCCUCCGCAACCGUGCCGGCGACAAGGCGACCAUGGCUGCGCAGACCAGCCUCGACCACGCCGUGGCCAUGGACGGCCGCACCGGCCCAUAG